AUGCGGAGGCGCUGCCGCUGGGGCCAUGCAGCAGGCGCCGCAGCCUUACGAGUUCUUCAGCGAAGACAACAGUCCGAAAUGGCGGGGACUGCUGGUCUCGGCCCUGCGGAAGGUUCAGGAGCAAGUACAUCCUACUCUUUCAGCUAAUGAAGAGUCUCUCUAUUAUAUUGAAGAGUUGAUUUUUCAGCUGCUUAAUAAAUUAUGCAUGGCCCAACCAAGGACUGUUCAAGAUGUGGAGGAUAUUGAAAAGAUUUUUAGUAACAUUUCAGAUAUACAUGAAUUGACUGUGAAACUUUUAGGUUUGAUUGAAGACACAGUUGAAAUGACUGAUGAAAGCAGUCCUCAUCCGUUAGCUGGCAGCUGUUUUGAAGAUUUGGCGGAAGUUUUGAUGGACAUGUUUGAUCAAGAUGACAUAGGUUUGGUUUCUCUCUGUGAAGAUGAACCUAGUUCUUCAGGUGAAUUAAACUACUAUGACCUUGUCAGAAGUGAAAUUGCAGAAGAAAGACAGUAUCUGCGGGAACUGAAUAUGAUCAUAAAAGUGUUCCGAGAAGCCUUUCUUUCUGACAGAAAACUGUUUAAACCUUCUGAACGAGUUCAAAAGACCUUUCCUCACCCAAUUGAUAAAUGGGCUAUUGCUGAUGCACAAUCUGCCAUAGAGAAACGAAAAAGAAGAAAUCCUCUUUUACUGCCUGUGGACAAAAUCCAUCCUUCGUUGAAGGAACAAGCAUUUGAUCCUUAUGAAACAUUAUCACAGGACAUUCUUUCACCAGAGUUUAAUGAACAUUUCAGUAAACUGAUGGCCAGACCUGCAGUUGCUCUACACUUUCAGUCCAUUGCUGAUGGUUUUAAAGAGGCAGUUCGUUAUGUCCUUCCACGCCUUAUGCUGGUGCCAGUGUAUCAUUGUUGGCACUAUUUUGAAUUAUUAAAGCAAUUGAAAGCAUGUAGCGAAGAGCAAGAAGACAGAGAGUGUUUGAACCAAGCUAUUACUGCUCUCCUGAAUCUCCAAGGUAGCAUGGACCGAAUUUACAGGCAGUAUUCACCUAGACGUCGACCUGGGGAUCCUGUUUGCCCUUUUUAUAAUCGUCAAUUAAGAAGCAAGCACCUGGCUAUCAGAAAAAUGAAUGAAAUUCAGAAAAACAUAGAUGGAUGGGAAGGCAAAGAUAUUGGACAGUGUUGUAAUGAAUUCAUUAUGGAAGGACCAUUGACAAGAAUUGGUGCUAAACAUGAACGGCAUAUUUUUCUCUUUGACGGCUUAAUGAUCAGUUGUAAACCUAAUCAUGGCCAGACCCGACUUCCGGGUUACAGUAGUGCAGAAUACAGAUUAAAAGAAAAAUUUGUCAUGAGGAAAAUACAAAUCUGUGAUAAAGAAGAUACUUGUGAGUACAAACAUGCUUUUGAAUUAGUAUCCAAAGAUGAAAACAGCAUAAUAUUUGCUGCUAAGUCUGCUGAAGAGAAAAACAAUUGGAUGGCAGCCCUUAUUUCUCUUCAUUAUCGUAGUACUCUAGAUCGAAUGCUAGAUUCAGUAUUAUUGAAAGAAGAAAACGAGCAGCCGCUGAGAUUACCAAGUCCAGAGGUGUAUCGUUUUGUAGUAAAAGACUCUGAGGAAAACAUUGUUUUUGAAGACAACUUGCAAAGUCGAAGUGGAAUCCCCAUUAUUAAAGGAGGAACUGUGGUGAAAUUAAUUGAAAGGUUAACAUAUCAUAUGUAUGCAGAUCCCAAUUUUGUUCGUACUUUUCUUACCACAUAUCGUUCGUUUUGUAAACCACAGGAAUUGCUAAGCUUACUGAUUGAACGAUUUGAAAUUCCAGAGCCAGAACCUACUGAAGCAGACAAAUUGGCAAUAGAGAAAGGCGAGCAGCCCAUCAGUGCAGACCUUAAAAGAUUUCGCAAGGAAUAUGUCCAACCAGUACAACUUAGGAUCUUAAAUGUGUUUCGGCACUGGGUUGAACACCAUUUUUAUGACUUUGAAAGAGAUUUGGAAUUACUUGAAAGACUAGAAUCCUUCAUUUCAAGUGUAAGAGGGAAAGCUAUGAAGAAAUGGGUAGAAUCAAUAGCUAAGAUCAUCAAGAGGAAGAAGCAAGCUCAGGCAAAUGGAAUAAGCCAUAAUAUUACCUUCGAAAGUCCCCCUCCACCAAUUGAAUGGCAUAUCAGCAGACCAGGACAGUUUGAAACAUUUGAUCUCAUGACACUGCAUCCAAUAGAAAUCGCACGUCAGCUAACACUUUUGGAAUCUGAUCUCUACAGGAAAGUUCAACCAUCUGAACUUGUAGGGAGUGUGUGGACCAAAGAAGAUAAAGAAAUAAAUUCUCCAAAUUUAUUAAAAAUGAUUCGCCAUACCACAAAUCUCACACUCUGGUUUGAAAAAUGCAUUGUGGAAGCAGAAAAUUUUGAAGAACGGGUGGCAAUACUGAGUAGAAUUAUAGAAAUUCUGCAAGUUUUUCAAGAUUUGAAUAAUUUCAAUGGUGUAUUGGAGAUAGUCAGUGCAGUAAAUUCAGUGUCAGUAUACAGACUAGACCAUACCUUUGAGAGAUUCUUUGAACACCUUAACCCUAUGGGAAGUGCAUCUGAAAAAGAGUUCACAGAUUAUUUGUUCAAUAAAUCACUAGAAAUUGAACCCCGAAACUGCAAACAGCCACCUCGAUUCCCUAGGAAGUCAACUUUCUCCCUAAAAUCUCCUGGAAUAAGGCCCAACACAGGCCGACAUGGCUCUACCUCAGGCACUUUACGAGGUCAUCCAACGCCAUUAGAAAGAGAACCAUGCAAAAUAAGCUUUAGUCGGAUUGCUGAAACUGAGCUGGAAUCAACAGUGUCAGCACCAACCUCUCCAAAUACACCAUCUACUCCACCAGUAUCUGCUUCUUCAGACCUUAGUGUGUUUUUAGAUGUGGAUCUCAACAGUUCCUGUGGCAGCAAUAGCAUCUUUGCUCCAGUGCUCUUGCCACAUUCAAGUAAGUAA